AUGCACAAAUUUCCACUCUGUACAACGUUAUCACUUAACAUCGCAAAUAUAAGUUUUGUCGUUCGUGGAUGCAUGGAGCAAAUAUUAGCCACUAAACUAAGAAUCGAUGGAAACUUUCAAAAAAAAGGAUGCUACAUAGUCCGUUCGAAACGAUUUUAUUCCACACUUCCUCCUUUAGAGUACAUUAUUUGUGUUUGCUCUAUUGAGUAUUGUAAUUCUGUUAUGCAGAAAUCGUUCCUGCACAAAAAUCAAUCGGAAUCUGAUCCCAUCGGUUUAGUGUCCACUGUUGAAGAUGAACGGCUAGCAGGAGCUGAAAUGCAUGAUGUGACAACUGCCUUAAUUCAUUACCUGCACUUGUUGUGA